AAAAACAAAAUACUAAACAAUCACCAAUUACAACAAAACCUAAAAAAAAAGUUUGCUAUAACAAGGAAUCUGGUUCUAAUGAAUCUUAUGAACAAGAACAACAGUUAAAUAUUGAUUAUAAAAAAUUAACAGUUCAAAAAAAUUUAAACGAUGAACUUGAAAGAGAAAUUAGACUUUGCCAACAACUUAAAUCAUUAUAUAAUUCUGAAACUAAUAACAAUAAUUAA